GGGAGACCAAUACAACACUCGGAGAGCCGACGCUUGAUACUAUUAAGGAAGAAUUCUCGACAAUGCGUUGAAUCAAAAUAAAUACUACAUUGAGGGGAGAAUGAAUCUGACAUCGCAUUUGCUGCUACUCACAGUGGCCUGCAGCUGCACUGGUGUCUUAGGUCAGCAGGGGCCAGUCUUCGUGCUAGAACCCCCCAGUACUUUAGUGUUUUCCAAUACAACUGGGUCACAGCUGAGCUGUUCAGCCCAUGGCAGCCCAACACCGCACGUCACGUGGAUUACAAGCCCAGAUCAGCGUCCGGUAACUGCAGUUCCAGGUCUCAGACAACUAUUGGGUAAUGGGACUCUGUACUUUCCUCCAUUUCUCGCACAAGACUUCCGAGCAGAAGUCCAUAAUGCUCGGUACAGAUGCCGUGCAGUCAACUCCGUGGGAGCGGUGCUGUCCAGAGAAGUCACACUUCGUGCUGUCCUGACUGUAUCCACAUAUGAUGUAAGAGUGAACAGAUCGCCAAUUCUGCAAGGCUGUAAUGCAGUACUGUCUUGCACGGCGAGGGAGGAUGUUAAAGAGCAUCUGACAGUUACUUCUUGGUAUAGGGAUGACGCAAUUCUCCUUCCCGGGAGCAUUGAUACGGGGGGAAGAUUUGUAGUAACGUCUCAAGGUGAUCUUCAUAUACGAAAUACCAAGGUCGAGGACGGCAGAGCAAGUUAUCACUGCUUAACAUUGCACACUUUGACAGGUGAACGGAGGAAGAGUGAACACGUCACGUUAACGGUAACAGAAUCAAGUGGUGCAAUGCCUCCAAGACUGAUGCAACGAGCUCAAAUAGCAAUAUCUGCAGAGCGAGGUUCAGAUGUUCACCUCACAUGCUCAGCACAGGGGACUCCUCCUCCACGAUUCGCUUGGUAUAGAGACGUCAACGGUCACUCGAUUUCCGUGGAAGCUUCCAACAAGAUUCAAUUCUGGGGCGAUCUAAUGCAAAUAAAACGAGUGGACGGUCAAGAUGCUGGCCGCUACGUAUGUCAUACAAUGAAUGAGUAUGGUGAAGAACGUGCGGAGACGCAUCUCUCGGUCACUUCGAAAUUGAACGCCCGAAUCCAGCCAACGAUCCAAGUAGUCAAUGCUGGUGAGCCGGCCACAAUGAAUUGCACAGUUGAAGGCUAUCCAAUAGAGAGUGUUGAGUGGUUACAUGAUGGCAUCCCUGUCCUGACACCACAGGACACCAGAAUACGAUUACCCACACCUUUGGUCCUUGUUGUUGGUUCAGUCGGUAGAAAUGACAAGGGCAUGUACCAAUGCUUAGUCAGAAGUGAUAAAGAAAAUGCUCAAGCCACAGCUGAACUUAAAUUGGGUGAUACUGUACCCGAGUUGCAGUAUACAUUCAUCGAACAAGCCCUUAGGCCUGGACCACCGGUUUCAUUGAGAUGCUCUGCAACAGGCUCACCACCACCAUCCUUCACCUGGUUGUUGGAUGGUGAACCCUUAAACGAACUUGGUCACAGUCACAGAUAUGCUAUAGGUCAAUAUGUCGAUCAAUCAGGCGACGUAAUAAGCCACUUAAAUAUCACAUCAGCUGAUGCAGAGGAUGGCGGUCUCUACGCUUGUGUAGCUCGAAACACCCUAGCAGCAGUUGAACACAAAGCUCGCUUGAAUAUUUACGGUGCUCCCUACAUUCGUUCAAUUGGUCCUGUUAGAGCAAUAGCCGGUGUAGACAUCACUAUUGCUUGUCCUUACUCUGGUUACCCUAUAACAUCAGUGGACUGGUCAAGGGGUACCGUUGAACUACCAUUAGACAUGCGUCAUCGUGUCGAUAACGAGGGCUACCUAACAAUUACCACUGUGGACCCUGACGAUGCAGGGACUUACACAUGCGCUGUAAGGGCCAGCACUGGAGAAACUGCUAGUCGUGAUAUUAAACUCACUGUCAGCAGUCCACCCAUUAUGAGCCCUUUUGGAUUUCCUGCCAACUUGCAGGAAGGCAGCAGAGCACAGGUGACGUGUAGUAUCAGUUCUGGAGAUCUGCCCAUCUAUUUCUCAUGGCUCAAAGAUGGAGAACCUUUACCAUCGUCUCUUCGAAUUGAAGAGCGUGGGGCUGAAUUUUUCAGUCUCCUCGUGUUCAAAGCGCUCACUUCACGACACAGCGGUAAAUACACAUGUGUAGCCACCAACAGUGCAGCUAAAGUCAAUCACACUGCGGAAUUAUUGGUGAAAGUACCGCCCCAGUGGAUGUUCGAACCCCAGGAUAUCGCAAGCCUCUUGGGUAACCCCCUGAAUGUUCAUUGCGGUGCUAAAGGAUUUCCACCACCAAAAAUAACAUGGCUGAGAGGUCGAGGAAAAACAUCAAAUGAUUAUCAGCAGUUGGAUGUGACUUUGGAUAGUAGGUUUACAAUUCUACCGAAUGGUUCCUUAUGGACAGCAUCAGCGGCACCACAGGAUGAGGGGUACUAUCUCUGCAGAGCCAAUAAUGGGAUUGGAUUAGGACUCAGUAAAGUCAUAUACCUCUCGGUCAAUGAACCAGCGCGGUUCGAGUCUCAAAGCCAGAAUGUAACAAUAAGACGUGGAGAUUCCGUGACACUCGAUUGCGCUGUCAUUGGUGAUAAUCCCAUUGAAGUCAAAUGGAUGCACAACAAUGAUUAUUUGGACACGAACACUCAUCGUCUGGGCAUUGCACAAGUUAAGAUUGACAGCGGAUUGAAAUCUCAGCUGACGAUUGGCAGCAGUGAUAGACAGGAUUCGGGUGCUUUCCGAUGCACUGCUGAUAAUGCUUAUGGGCGCAGUGAACAUUUUAUUUAUCUAGCUGUACAAGAGCGCCCUGAUCCGCCAACGGCUCUCGAGGUAAUAGAGAUCGGAUCAAGAUCAAUACGUUUGUCGUGGAAGCGUUCUUUCGAUGGCAAUAGUCCAAUCAGAAACUACAUAAUCCAAUACCGCGCUCUGGGAUAUGGUUUGGCAAAUGACUGGGAGCCAUCCAAGACCCACAAUGUCACCUUCACACCGGGAAAUUUGAAUGCAGCCUCAGCCAAUCCAGCUCAGUACAGCCUAUCCAGAUACGAAACAACAAGUGAUGGUCAAGAAAUAGCACUCGUUGGAGGCUUGCAUCCAGCCGUCACCUACACUUUUCGCAUAUUUGCGAUUAAUUCUAUAGACAUUAGUGAACCGACUGAUCCUGUAGUAGCGAAAACCCAGGAGGAGGCCCCGACAGAACCUCCGCAAAACGUCAAAGUCCAGUCAGCAGGACCUGGUGAGUUGAUUGUCCAUUGGCAAGCACCACCGAAAGAGGCAUGCAAUGGAGAUUUACUUGGGUACAUUGUCACGUGGUCUGAACACUCGUCAUCGACAUCUGGGGUCAACCAGAGCAAAAGCUUAACGGUCAAUGGUUGGGCUACGACGAAGGUGCAGUUGACAGGACUCAGAAAAUUCACCAAGUAUGAUAUCUCCAUCAAAGCAUUCAACAGCAUUGCUAGUGGACCUGGAAGCCCUUCCAUCAUUGGGACUACUCAAGAAGGAGUGCCAGAAGCUUCACCGACUCAAGUCACCUGUUCUCCUCUUUCCUCGCAAAGUGUGAAAGUUUCUUGGAGUGCACCACCUCCACAUCAGCAUGGGGGCAUCAUUCAAGGGUAUAAAGUGUAUUAUAGACCUGUGCCGACUGAUAACAUGGAGAUUUCAACUGUCGGCGAAAUCAAAAGGACUUCCAGUGAAGAGACUUAUCUCCAUACAUUGUAUAAAUAUACGAACUACUCAAUCAGAGUUCUAGCUUAUACCGGCGCGGGUGAUGGAGUCUUUAGUCCUGCGAUUUAUUGUACCACCGAAGAAGAUGUGCCUGGACCACCUGCUGGUAUCAAAGCUCUUGCUUUGACAGCAGAGAGCAUCUUAGUGUCUUGGCUGCCGCCUCUACAACCAAACGGAAAAGUCGCUCAGUAUACAGUUUACAGCAAAGAAGCUGGAGCCAGCAGGCAUAAUACGCAUACAAUGCACGAACCACCGUUAUCAUCAACUAAUACUCUUAUCAUGGAACUACGAGGCUUGACUGAAAGUCAACUCUAUGAAUUCUGGGUGUCAGCUACAACAGGCCUGGGAGAGGGUGAACCGACGACCACGAUAACCCAAACCACAAAUACCAGAGCACCAGCACGAGUUGCUUCAUUCUCGCAGCUUCUGCGUCGUGCAGUGAAAUCAUCGGUUACUCUCUCCUGUCUCGUAGUGGGGAAUCCCACACCGCGUCCCGUGUGGACCCACAGGAACACUCAGAUCUCUACGGGACGCCUUUACGAGAUCACAUCCGAGGGCCAUCUAAACAUUCACGGAAUAGAACAAUCAAUUUCCGGAAACUACACGUGUUCAGCUUCCAAUCUUUUUGGUGAUGACUCUAUCACUUACACUCUUAUUGUUGUCAUGCCUCCCAAGGCACCUGUCCUUGAACUACAAUACACAACAACGCACAGCGUGAAAUUAAGAUGGAAUCAUCCAGAAAAUGGAGGGGCAACGAUUCAGGGAUAUGUUCUGAGUUACAAGCGAGAUCCUGGAAAUUGGGAAGAGAUUAUGCUGUCACCGGAGCAGACAGAGUUCACUCUCAAUGGAUUGAAAUGUGGAUCUUCAUACAUGGGACAUCUUACUGCUCAUAAUCGAGUAGGUACAGGUGCACCUAGCUCGACAAUCAGCACUAACACCAAGGGAUCGGCACCAAAACUUCCGAAGGAACGGGAAAUCAUUACUGCAAAUGCAACUUCCUUUCGAUUGAAUUUACUGCAGUGGCCUAACGGUGGAUGUCCGAUUCAUUAUUACACGGUUGAAUAUCGAAGAAGAAUGAAUACCGAACCGUGGGUUUUGGUCGCCAGCAAAGCAACUGAGAAUCUGAUAAUAAGGGACUUAAAGCCGGCCGCCUGGUAUACAUUACGAUUAACUGCUCACAAUGAUGCUGGAAAGACUCAAACACAGAUGGAGUUUGCCACGACAACACUAAGUGGAAUCAGCAUCGCACCACUCAAUGAUUUAAUUCUGGAUGAUGAGAUGAACAAAACUCCGUCAAAUCAUAAAGUGCUGUACGUGGUGGUGCCACUAGUUUGCGCUAUUGUACUGAUUUUAUCAGCUGUUACUCUUGGGUACGUCAUGUUGAAGAAAACUGACAGAUCAAGUUAUCUGGGUGAAAUUUUUACCGGUCAACAAGGGCCACCCGGUGGCCUGGGAAUCGGUCAGCAACUACCUCCGAAUCAUCAUCACAUGAGCAGCUGCAUGUCCACGGUCCAAUUGAAAACCGCAGAGAGGGAUAAUCGAAGGAAUCAUCAGGUCUACACGAGUUCACCUGUCAAACAGGAUAAUCAUAAAUCUAAUGAUCAUGAAAUGUAUGAAAUAAGUCCAUAUGCAACAUUUAGUGUCCCCGGUCGAGAGAAUCGCUCCGUAACGACAGCUACGUUGGAUUACACAAUGCAAUUCAAAACAUUCGGUCAUCUAGAGAACGAAGACAUCAAUACAAUAGAUUAUGGUCGUUCCAGUGUUGAUUUUGAACGGUCUAAAACCCCGAGGUGGCAUAAACAGCGGUAUUUCCCGAGUAUAGCUGAAGCAGAAAGUAAAUUGAGAUCCAGUCGACCAGGAUCUGGUAGCGAUACGUCGGGGAGCCCUUGUGGCGAGUGUGCUGGACCUAGUUAUCGUGUUCCUGUAAAACCUUGUAGAGAUGUUUUUUCACAUGGAGUUGAAUCGAGUACCGAAUCGAAUAAUGAAGGUUCCCCAUCACUAGCUCGUCGACGUAGUCGACAGCCUAGCCGAUCCACUCGCAGCUCGGCGGACGAUAUGACCCUGAUGCCACCGAGUGGUUUCAGCGACAGCCGUGAAUUGAGUGAAGCAGAGUGCGAUCGUGAUCGUGAUUGGCAGGGGCGGUCUAUUGCCACCCGACAUGGUGGUAGUCUUGGCAGAUUGCCAAUUGAAGCCGUCGAAACUAUGCUCGCCAGGUAUCAGCUGAAAAAGGAACAGGAAAGACAGGAAUUUACGAUACAUGUAUAAUAGAGCUUCACCUGGAAAGCAUUUCAAGACGACCGUGAGAUGUUUGCAUAACGUGAGAGACCAUAAAACUGCCAGAACAAUUUAAUCAAUCUUUGUGAGAUUGAAUAAGAAAUCAUUUCAUUGAUUCGAUGGUUGUCUUAAAAUUCCUCGCGCAUAUUUGUCAUUCAUAUUGAUUGUUUCACCAGGGCUUCAUGAAGAGCGUGGAUGAGUCGUUCGACUAAUUAUUGAAUGAAUCUGUAGAGUGGAGUCAUGAAGAAUAUGCAGUAAUAGAAAAAUUGGUUAAUGUUAAAUAAUGGAUUCGAUUGAAGUCUUUUUUUUUUGUUAUCGGCUUGUAUCGAACAUGUUUGUUGGAAUUAACAAUAAACCUUGAUGUUAUGAUGGACGAUAAUUAACGGAACAUUUGUAGGAGUACAACCUUUUGUUGUAUUCAGUAAAUUCUGGUAUCAAACGAGAAAGUUUCACAUUUCAUGUCAUUAGCUUAUUCGACGUAUGUAAACGGGUGAUGUGAUAAACCGAAUUAACGACGAUUUAGUUGGUCUAUUUCAAUGCAAUUUUAUAACAAUUACCAGACCUCGUUAUCAUUAACCGAAUUAUUCUCCUAGUAUGUAAUUGAUACUGAACAUAUGUUUUAUCGGUUUUACCGUACCUAAAAGACUCUCUAGACUGUGUAUUCUCUUGUUUUACAAUAUUCAUAUUUUUUAUAUACUCACGUGUUCAGUUGAAUCCGGCGCUAAAAGGGAAAACAUUUGAGGAAUUAAUCAAACCUAAGUCUCGUAGGUAUUUUCAAAGGAAAUUAUAUAACAGAACUGCCAUACACUCCGGGACUGCGAUAGAGUAUCAAUGUAAUUGAAUGUAAGUAAAAAUUAACCGUAAACAAUAAACGAUAGACUGAUGGUCCCUAUAAUGUCACCAUCUUGAGUGCAAAUAUUGAAUAACAAUGGUAAUUUAGUGAAUCUUAACGGCUGUUGCAUGUUUCUAUUGAACUGAGAAGAAAAUUAAGUCUGAAGAAUAAUGAAUAAAUGAUUUGAUGAAUGACGA